UAUUUCAACUCUUUGAUCCAUUUAAAAAUAAAAGACUUGGUUGACAAGUAUGGCGUAUGAAAUGGGCUCAUGCGGCUUCGAAUCUCAUCUCAACAAAAUCAAUGCCAAUGGAAACACCCACCGACCUUCCCAGACUCCAUUCUAUCCUUCUUUCUACCUAGUCAAAAAUUAUAGCUCUCAUAUUAUUUAUUCAUACACAUACGCGCUCGAAUAAUUGUAGAAUAUCUUCAAUUUCGUUUAUUCGUUUCAGUUUUCCGUGAUCCAGUUGAGACACAGGCAUCGAACUUUUUGAAUCGUAUGAGAAUUGGCCUGCGACGUUGGUCCAAAUUGCCGCGAGAUUUAGUUAGCAAAAUGUCGGAGGAAAUCAGCUCAUCCGCAGCAACCACCACGGCUGCGGCGGCGGCGAAGAGGCGCUCGCUCUGGCCCUCCGUUUUGCGGUGGAUACCGACCUCCACCGACCACAUCAUCGCUUCCGAAAAACGCCUGCUCUCUGUCGUCAAAACGCCUUAUGUGCAGGAGCAGGUCAAUAUUGGGUCGGGUCCGCCGGGUUCGAGAGUCCGGUGGUUCCGGUCUGCUAGCGACGAGCCGAGGUUUAUCAAUACGGUGACGUUCGAUGGCAAAGAGGGGGCGCCGACGCUAGUGAUGGUUCAUGGAUAUGGAGCUUCUCAAGGCUUCUUUUUCCGUAAUUUUGAUGCGCUUGCGGCUCGUUUCAAAGUAGUUGCAAUCGAUCAACUUGGUUGGGGAGGAUCCAGUCGGCCUGAUUUCACAUGUAAAAGCACUGAAGAAACUGAGGCAUGGUUCAUUGACUCCUUUGAGGAAUGGCGUAAAGCGAAAAACCUUAGCAACUUUGUUUUGCUUGGACAUUCCUUUGGAGGGUAUGUCGCUGCUAAAUAUGCGCUUAAGCAUCCUGAGCAUGUUCAACAUUUGAUUUUAGUAGGGCCUGCUGGAUUCACAUCUGAAACAGAACACAGGUCUGAGUGGCUUACUCGAUUUAGAGCAACAUGGAAAGGUGCCAUUUUAAAUCAUCUCUGGGAGUCUAAUUUUACACCUCAGAAGAUAGUAAGGGGUUUAGGUCCUUGGGGUCCAGACCUGGUUCGCAAGUAUACCAGUGCUAGAUUUGGGUCGUAUUCAGAUGGAAAUAUAUUGAAUGAGGAUGAAUCAAGAUUACUUACAGAUUAUAUAUAUCACACUUUGGCAGCUAAAGCCAGUGGAGAGUUGUGCUUAAAAUAUAUAUUCUCCUUUGGAGCCUUUGCCCGAAAACCUCUACUGCAAUGUGCUUCUGAAUGGAAGGUGCCGACAACAUUUAUAUAUGGCCAUCAAGAUUGGAUGAAUUACCAAGGAGCACAAGAAGCACGCAAGCAAAUGAAGGUUCCAUGUGAGAUUAUAAGGGUUCCUCAGGCCGGACAUUUCGUAUUUAUCGACAACCCCAAUGAAUUCCUUUCAGCUGUGUUUUAUGGUUGCCGCAAGUUUUUCCCACACGAACAGGAUAGUAACAAUCUCCCAGAAGGCCUACAAUCUGUUUAGAGGAAGGAAUUGUAAUUUUAACUGUACUACCAAAUAAGUAACCAUUCCAUCACAUUCAUGAAUUAUUCAGUUGUAACAGUCAUGUAUAAGGUAAUUUUAAAAAUAUAAUUUGAUGUAUCCAUUGUUAGCUCUGUGAUCAUAGAACAAUCAACUUAUGCUAUUAUGUACAGUCAUUGAAAAUAUUUGAGAUGUAUAUUACUGGUAAAAGUUUGUAGAGCA